AUGAAUGGCUCAGCUGGUCCUUCAGGGACUUUCUGUGUCUUUCAGGACAACCCUGAGAAGACAGCUGCAUCUGAACGAGGAGACUUUUAUAUCACAGGGGACCGAGGCCGCAUGGACGCGGAUGGUUAUUUCUGGUUCAUGGGAAGAAACGACGAUGUGAUCAACUCUUCCAGCUACCGCAUUGGCCCUGUUGAAGUGGAGAGUGCGCUUGCGGAACAUCCUGCUGUCCUUGAGUGUGCUGUGGCCAGCAGCCCAGACCCCAUCCGGGGCGAGGUUGUGAAGGCAUUCAUAGUCCUCUCUCCAGCCUACUCCUCCCAUGACCCGGAGGCCCUGACCCAGGAACUCCAGGAGCACGUGAAGAGGGUGACUGCUCCAUACAAGUACCCUAGGAAGGUGGCUUUUGUUUCAGAACUGCCAAAGACAGUUUCUGGAAAGAUCCAAAGGAGUAAACUGAGAAACCAAGAGUGGGGGAGAUGAUGUGCAGCCCCAGCCCCUUGGCUCUCUGGAUGUUCCAGGAAGUGGCAGAAUCAUGGGUCAGCUCCUGCUCAAAACAUCGCCCCCUCCACCCCAUAGACAUCAAGAUGCUCAGUUCCUAAGUGGGCAUCUCCAGAAUCACUGCGGGAUCUGGAGAGGAAAGGAAGUGCAUCGCUGGCCCAGAGCACACAGCCGUGGCCCAGUCUAGCGAUGCUCAGUGGUGGCUCACAUUUCCCUGCUUCUUGGAGGCAACUCCAACACCUGCCCCGUGAAUCUCACUAAGAGCUCCCAGCUGCCUGGAGCAAUGAUGGGUUACCACAGCCUGAGCUCCUUGUGUGUCACCCCUCCUGUGGGAGAAUAAAGAUUUAACCUUUUGGAUGAAGCCUUUUGGUAAUAGCAUCCAGGCCAUAAAAUUAGCCAUACACUUUAACUUAGAAGUUCCAAGUCUGGGAGGCUGAGACAGGAUGAUUGCAAGUUCAAGCCCAGCCUUCAUCAACUUAGCGAUUUAGAGACCCUGCCUCAUAGGAGAAAAAAGCCCUGGGGAUAUAGUUUAAUGCAAAAGUAUUGGGUUUAAUCCCCCAUAUUGCAAAGGG